AUGAGAGGUCAAAAUGGAUGGGAUCAACACCCUAGAGUUGGAAAUGGGGGAAGACCUCCAGCUGGUGCUCCCAAUUUGUACAAUGGAGCCAAUAACAUACAGCCGAUUCCUCAACAACAAGGACAUGCGCCCAAUGUUUGGCAUUUGAACCCUCAGCAGCAGCAACCCCAGCAACCUUAUGGUGACCAAAUGUCUCAUUCGAGUCAGAGCAACAGCAGCUAUCACUCAGAGAAUUCCUACCAUUCGGGUUUGCCAAACUACCAAACUACCAAUCUAUGGCCAAACAAUGGCGCCCCUUAUGAAAAUGGUCAGCAUCCGAUGCAACAGCAACAAUACAUGAACUAUCAUCUGAAUAUCAAUGCUCCAACUUUUGUUCCUAGAGGUCAACAAGGACAAACUUAUGCGAACAAUUACAAUAACACGGCGCCGUCGUAUGGUGGUCAACAGGGCUAUGGAAUGGAGCCGCAAAACUACUAUCAAAAUCAAAUUGCCGGAGCUUCUCCAAAUAUGAUGCAGCAACAGUUUGGCUAUGAGGAUCCUGGACAGCAAGAUGAUUAUUUGUAUGAGCAAAUGUACAGUGUUGGAGCUCAAGUAUACGUUCCGUCAAACGAUUUGCAAAAGCAAAUUCGGGAAUGCGAUCAACAAAAUGUGAUCACCGAGAUUCAAAUUGGUUUUGAACAAUUGUUGGCCGAUCCAAACGAAUUUGACUGCUGGGCUGGCGCCAUUAAAGAUCGACUGCUAAGUCCGAGUUUGAAGAAUGAAGCUAUUAAGACAGCCCUAUCUAUUGCAGUUGAAAUGGCUAUAUCUGGAGGCUCUGAAAGCAUUACACCAAUGAAUCCUACCAAUCACCAGUACACAUUUGCAAAGCUUUUUGCUUUUAUCUGCAAUGGGAAAAUAGACUUCACGCUUAAUCACCUAUUGCCUGUCCUCGAAACGUACCAUACGAAUCGCAGCACGCUAGAGAAAGAACGAUCAGAGAAUUUCAUGAUGUUUGUGGCUGAGCUUUUUGAAAAGAUUGAAAUGCGGGAAAAACGCAUUCAACCAAUAGGAACCGCUUUGAUGGAACAAGUCGGUGAGAUUGUCAAUCUCCCUCACCUACAAAUCACGGACCAGCAUAUGAAAAAGAUCGCUCAGAUUUUGAAGUUAACUGGCCGUCACUUGGAUGCGAUUUCACCACUACAAGAAGAAUUGAAUGCGGUCAUGACUCGCCUUUCUGGUUUAGCUAAUGGAAUGCAAAAGCUCAGCGAAUCGACAAAAGCUCUGAUAUUUUCGUUGAUUGAACAACGUGAGAAGGGAUGGGGAUACAAUGAUCGGUAUUCGGGUGCGGUUGGUGAUUCGGAUUCUAUCAUUGGCUCAUUAGUCGGCCCAGAUGGUCGACAAAUUGACUUGAGCGAAGAAGAACGUGCAUUUUUAGAAUCACAUUUCAAUGAUGGUGAUCAGCAGGAUGACGGAGCCGGAGCGAGUGAAGAUCCGGAAAUGUUGGCGGACUAUGAGAAAUACCUAAAGGAGGUUCGCGAGGAAGAAAAGGCUCGUAGCAUCGCCAUAAAGAUGCAAAAGACGCAGCUUAUCAGCGAGCAAAUUACUGAAGAGCCAGAAACUGAAACACCAGAAAUUGAAACACCAAAAACUGAAACACCAAAAGAAGAAGCCAAGGAAGCUAACGUCGGUGAAAAAGAAAAGGACGGCGUUUCGGAGGAAAAAGAAGAAUCUAAG